CUGCGGAGAAUGGCGGAAUGAACCAACUUCAGCUGUCCACGAACCGGACGACUUCAUUUUUUGGACUUCAGCGAAUUUUUUUUCCUCCGGUGAGCCAGCAGCCUCGUCUGAGCUUCACUUCCUCCGGAUAAGGUCGUCAGACAAAAGGAGUGUGUGUGUGGUGACGUCACUUCCGCCCGCAGAGCCGCCGAUCACUCAGAAAUGGGUUCAAAAAAUGCCUUGAAAUGUCUCAAAAUCACCGGAGGCCUGUCAGCUGCAGUGCAGAGGCUGCUCUGCGCGGAUAAAAAGCCUCGUCCUUUCUCUGAUGUGUCUCAACUUCAAGUUACACAAAAAAGAGAGACGGCGGUGGUGCCUUCACGUGCUGUCGGAAAUAAUAAGUGUCUGUAGGUCAGAAGUGUCAAACUCAUUUCAGCCUCCCUCGCGGCCCACACGAUGUCGCUGUUAGGACGGAGAUACGCCGCCGCCGCCGCAGCGUCAACAUCCGGCGACACGUCCUCCAACGAACCUCUCAGCCUCCGAUGGCUCCUUAUUUAUUAAACCAUUCUCACACCUUUUUAUUUUGCGGGCGAUGCUUUGUCUUUUACGCUUUUUUGUUUUUUGACAACUAUAAAAGUCACGCAUAGUUUGAAGCUUAGUCCAUCUGCGCCGCUGUGAGUCAAAUGGGGGAAGUGAGGAAGCUGCAGAAGAAGUUGAGACAGAUUGAAAAUCUGGAAAUAAAAAUCAGUCUCACCCCAGAGGAGAGAUUCAAGAUCUCCAGGAAGGCGGAGCUGCGUUCCAGAUUGGCUGAGCUUCAGCUGCAGCUUUCUGGCCCGCAGCAAACUCUUGGGAUUGUGGGAGACGGAAAAAAGGAGAAGAUGAAAAGACAAGUUGAGGAUGCCCCAGAGGCCCUUCCAUCACAGACGCCUCCAGCCUCCAAGAUCCUUAAGGGAGAAAAGAAGUCCAAAGCUCAGGCUCCGCCAGCAGUGGCUGCCAGGCGGAGCGAGGUGGGAGAGGGAGCGGGGACGGACAGACAGGGGGACGGGACCGAGCCGGCCAGGGUGUCGGAUCACUGCCGGGACGUGUCAGGAGGCUGUGCACGCUUUGAGGAGGAGCAGCAACUGCGACAGGAAGAAGCCGAGUUUACAUCCCUCAAAGUGUCGUGGGAGAAGGCAAAGUUUCGCUUGCGGCUGCUGGAGGGUCACAACGACAUCGUCACCUGCGUGGUUGCCGUUGACAACCUGGUGGUUUCUGGAAGUCGAGAUACCACUGUGAAGGUGUGGCACGUUCCCACGGCAACCGAGCACAAGAACAUGGGAGGUCACACUAGUGGGGUCACCUGUCUGUCUGCGCCUCCCCCCGAGUGCUGCAAGAGGCUGGCCUGGUCCUUGUCUUUGUCCGACAAAGAGAGGUUUAUAUUGAGUGGCUCUGCAGACUGCUAUGUGAAGAUCUGGGCUCUGAGCAUUGGGCAGUGUGUUAAGUCUAUCUACACGUUCAACGCUGUGACUGCACUCUGCUUCGUGCCAGAGGAAGACGGCUACAUCAUCACCGGCUCAGACGGGGGGAAAGUUCAGGCCUGGAGCUGGCACACUUUCCAAAACUGUCAGUCAGUCAACGCUCACCAGGAAGCGGUCACCUCCAUCCAGUCUCAGGGUCCGCUGGUGUUCAGCGGUUCGGCUGAGGGGGGGGUGUCUGUGUGGGAGAACCGGUGUUCGGAUCGAGACCCCCUGAGGCUGCUGCAGCACUGGAGCGGCCAGGUGACGGGCGUCGGAGGGGCCAGCGGCGGCCGCCUGACCCUCAGCCCGAGGGGGGACAGAGUGUUCCUGGCUCACGGCCACGCCUGCAUCGGGAUCCUGCACUGGAGGACGGGGAUGAUGUCCAGGCUGACCAAUCACAGCAGCGUCACAGGUGUAACAGAUUGUGUUCACCAGACAGGAGGCCUCCUAAUUGGCUCCUGCUAUGAUGUGGCGAACGGAGACAGCGCGCUAAAUUUGUUCUCGCUGCCUCAGUGUCGAUAUCUGGCCUCUCUGACCUGGCCCGAAGCUCCCAGAAUCCUCUGCUUCGCGGCGUGGACUACGGGGAGCGGAGACCACCGGUGGGUCACUGGAGGUCGCGACCUCGUCGUAUGGGAGCAGCUCCCCAGUUCUGGGCGGCAGAGGGGUGAUGUCACCGUCAGGAGAGACAGCCGGAUGGAUUCGUGCCUGCUGGAGUCGGAGGGAGACACCGAAGACGACGCGGAGACCGACGAAUACGAGGCUGAUGACGGCGGCGAGGAGACAGACGGCGGGUGCGACGGCGGCUCCGGGGACGGAGGGGCUGGCUCGUGGCUCCGGUGCGUUCUGCAGUGACACCGCCACACUCUCUCGCGCUGAGGACACCACGGCCCGCGGCCACGGAGAGGAAAUGAGAGGGUGGGGGGAGGAGGAGGAGGAGGAGGAGGAGGGUUCAGGGAGUGGAGCGUGGUAUCAGCGUUAGAGCAGGAACAUAUGGAUGGAGAGAGUCAGCGAGUGUGUGUGUGUGUGUGUGUGUGUGUGUGUGUGUGUGUGCGAGCGAGUGAUCUGCAGAUUGUGUGUUCUGUUUCAUGUAAAUAUUAUUUUCACGGUAAUAAAGCUGUCACACUGCAAAUCCCACCCAGAAAUGUGCAUUUCUUGUCGUGUGUCUUGAUUUCCUCCUGACCCUGGCUCUUCUUAAAACACCAGUUCACUGCUCUCACUCGGCGACUGGUGUGAAAGAAUGUAAAUUAAAUUUUAGUCCAUCUUUGUUCCCAUCGUUCCUAUUUUUUUCUCCCUCUCCUCUUUGUUGUCUAUACUUCUGUCUCUUUUCCUCUUUGGGGUGUCCUUGCUGUUUUUGUAAACAUAAUUGAGGAGUUUUUUUUCUCUCUUUCAUGUUUUCUUGAACCUCCAGCCUCAGAAUGAGCUUAUUAACGUCGUCCUCAGUAUCAUUUCUCUUUGCCUUGUCAAAUUAAUUUCUUUUCCUCUGUGUCCAUUUAAUUGAACCCUUUUAGACAAAAAAAAAAAAAACAUAAUUAGCAUUUAAAUCUCUUUCCUACAGUCUCUUGCCCUCCGCACGUCGCUCUCUCUCCUCUCUUACUCUAGCGGACUCUACAUGUCUCUGUCGCUACGGCAACCGAUGCUUUUUUUUUUUCUCACUCACUUGCUCUCUGUAUCUCCCCCUUUCUCUCU